AUGACGCUAUCGUCAUUUUUCGUUCUCUUUUUCACGCUUCUUGUAUUGGACCAUGCCAGAUAUGCCAAUGGAUUCUCCAUGCAACUAGGGAUUGGGGCUCUGUUUCAGCCACAGGGUUUGUUCACUAAGUCAGCGUAUGGCGAUGCCAAUCUACUGUUAAAGGCUAGCGAUUUCUUCGUUGACUCGUUCUGGGUGGGAAAAGUUGGCGGUGGAGCUGAUGUUCUAACAUCAAAACAACGCUCUUCGUUAUCAAAAACUCAGUUCAAUGAAUUCAGAGGGCGAUAUGCCGGUGUUUCCAGGGGGCAAAGUGAGCUGAUAGUCUGCCAACUACCAAGUGGUGAGGUUGUGGGGUGCGCUGGGAUUGAAGCAACCCCGAUACCUGAUGGCAGUCUGAAAGCAAAGACAGGACCACGAUAUCCAUUAAUGAGUAACCUCGCUGUAAGUCGGCAGUAUAGAAGGAAAGGGAUUGCAGAAAAGCUGGUGAAAGAGGCGGAACGAUUGGCACGGAAGGAGUGGGGAUACAAUCUUGUUUUCCUUUAUGUGGAACAGAGAAAUGUCCCUGCUGUCAGAUUGUACCAGAAACUCGGCUAUCGAAAAAUAUGGGUUGAUGAAGAUGCGACAACACUAUUGCCGAAACCAAAUGGAAGACUCAGUAACGAACCAACGAAAAUAGUUUGCAUGACCAAGCGACUGGACUUGGGCCUUCUCGGGAGAUUCUUGCCAUUCUGA